UCUAUACCCUAACUAACCCCUAAAUUCUUCAAAUUCUACAAAAUCUUCAACAUUUUAUUAUAUAAUUUGUAAUUUACAAAACUGUCUCAUAUAAAAAAUAUAGUGUAUAAUUUUUUUUUUUUAAAGAUAUGAAUAAUCCUAACUAUACUAUCUUUAAACCCUAUUUACACCCUAACUAACCCCUAAAUUCUUCAAAUUCUACAAAUCUUCAACAUUUUAUUAUAUAAUUUGUAAUUUAUAAAAAUGUCUCAUAUAAAAAAUACUAGUGUAUAAUUUUUUUUUAAAAGAUAUUAAUAAUCCUAAUUAUACUAUUUUUAAACCCUAUCUAAACCCUAAUUAACCCCUAAAUUCUCCAAAUUCUCCAAAAUCUCCAAAAUCUAUUAUUCCCUCCAACAUUUUAGAGCCCAAUACCCAAUUCCCUCCAACAUUUUGGACCCAAAAACUCAUUUUCCCACACUUAGCAUUUUUUUCAUCUUUUGUUUCCUUAAGAAAGUUGUAACCUUUCUCUAAGUCGUAACCUUUCUCACCUCUCGUCUCUCACCUCUUGUCUCUUUCGAUCUAUCUUCUAGCUCUCUCUUCCAUGGCUGCUUCUACCGAAAACACAACUAACGACCGUCGUCGUCCUCGCCCUCCCGGCUUGACUAUUCCAGGUGAGGUUUCGAUUUCUCUCUGUCUCUCUUAUCUCUUUGUUUCUCUCUUUUCAUUUUGUGUUUCUCUCUUCCAGUUAGGGUUUCGUUUUUCAAUCGCCACACCUAGAUUUUCAUGUUCUAGAGUUUCGAUUUUGAUUUGGGUUUCAAGUUAUGGUUAGGGUUUUGAUUUGGGAUUAUGGUUUGGUUUCGGUUUCGAUUUGAGAUUACGGUUUGCUUUCGGUUUUCGAUUUGGGAUUAGGGUUUGCUUUCGGUUUGGAUUAGGGUAUGGACUUUCUGUUUCGAUUUUACUUUCACGUUAUAGUUAGGGUUUGUUUUCGAUUUCGGAUUUGUGUUUUAAUUUUUCUACAAUCUUAACAGCUUCUUAUGUUUAUCUCUGUCUACAGAUGUGAGAUACGUGAGACCCCAAUUGAGAACCGCGUCAAUGCCUGCUGUUACGACUCCUGCUCCUGCUCCUGCGCAACCAAUAGGACCUUCAAGUUCAGGAUCUGCGGCUCCUCCAGCGGCUCCUCCAACCUAUGUGAGGAGAACAGAAGAUGCUCUGCUAUGUGCUCCAUCCAGAAUAAACCAGCCACACCUUCAUCCUGAUAAGCCCAAUGGAGCAUUGUGGUAAGUGAUAUCAUUUACUUACCAUUAGUUAAUGACCUUUAGCUAAGUGUUUAUUAUAAAUUUGAUGCAUUUUUUAGUUACCUUAGUUAAGUGUUAAUAUAUUCCUUAGCUAAUUCUUCUUAUCCGUGUGCUUAAUGACGUUAGCUAAGUCUUCUUAUCUGAUUUUGUUUGAUGCUUAACAUUGUCUUUGCAGGUUUGGGGUUGAUCCUGAAGUUCAUGCUUUUAUCCGAGCAACAUGGCAGGGAGAUUACUGGGGGCUGUGGCAAAGCUGGAUAAAGGUUCCAGAGCCGAAGAGAAUAGGAUGGUGGCACUCAUUCAUCGUAAGUGAUCCUGAACCAUCUCCAUUUCUAUUCCUAAGUAUAUUUUUGUAGCAACAAUACUAAUCACUUCUCUUCUUUUCCAUCAACAAUACUACUGGGAAGACAGUCUUCAUGAGGAAAUCCACUUUAAAUGGAAGCUUCAGACUCAAGUGUCUAUCUGCGGACGCAUAAGCCAAAAAAGGAAAAAGAACAAGCAACCUAAAUACAUCAGUUAGAAUGACUGGAUAAUAGUCCUUGCGAAUUGGUCAACAGAUGAAGCAAAAGCCAAGAGCCAAUCAGCAGCUGAUUAUCGCACUUCGGCUCCUGUGGGGUUGAAGAUGCACGUCCAUGGUGCAGGACCACGCUGCUUUGUAAAUAUUGGGUAUCAUAUGGUCAGCUUUCCAACUUGUCUUACUUGCAUUUUUCCAUUUAUUUAACUGCUAAAUGUCUAACUUUCUGUUGUUCCUUUGUUGUAGAUGAUCGACCAAGGUUUGGAUGCACUACCUUCAUUUACAGACCUUGCAAGGAAGACUCAUACUCGCAAAGAUGGGACCUUCAUGGACGAACGAACUGAGCAACUGGUUCUAGAGGUUGAGCAAGCAGUUGAAGAGAUGUUAGAAGAUGGUUCUCCAGUUGGAGAUAGCCAAACUUGCUCAACUGCUGCCACAGAAAAUUCUAAGCGCCUUCUCCUAAACCAAGAAUACAUCAAGCGUGGAAAGACACGCAAGGGCACCAUUUAUGGGCUUGGCAGUGUUCAAUUCAACAACAAACAUCCUUCUGAGUCAGUUCCUGCUUCACUCAACCGAAACAUCGGCUUGGAGACGAUGGUUUGUGGUUUGGAGACCAUCACUCAGGAAAUCAAGUCUGAUUUCCAGACUUUGAAGUCUGAUGUUCAGGCUAUCAAGACUGACUUCAACCAAGGGAUGGCUAAAACUCAAUCAAGUCUCGACACGAUUCUGCAGUUUCUUCAGCCUCAAGCUUCCAAUCAUACUGCAUCUACUGCACAACCAACUCAGUCUCAAGCUCCACGUCAAGGUCAAGCUCCACCUCAAGGUCAAGCACCAUCUCCAGCUCGUGAUAUGUCUCCAGCUCAAGGUGAAUCACAACCUCAACACAUCACCAGUAACAAUUCUGAGUUAGAUAGGUGGUGCAACACAUUGGGUUUGUAGGUCUUAGAUGUGGCUUGCCCUAAAUCAAGUUUAUGUAUUAUGUUUUAAUCUUUUGAACCUUCUGAAUGUUGAAUCUUUUGAACAUUUUGGAUGUUUGAUCUUUUUGAACCUUUUGAGCUUUUAAGAGGCUCAAUGUGUAAUAUAAUUUAUGUUUUUGUUUCAAAAAAAAUUGUUUCUAAUUAGUUUUUUUUUUAAAUUGUUGAAAUACCUAUUCACGAAAACCAUCGUAGCAAAACAAAAACAAAGAGACGAAAACAUUCAUCUCUAAACCGUAGCAAAUUGUGCGACGAAGUAGCCGUGUCCAAAUUCGUAGCAAACAAAAUAAAAGAUACGAAACCGUUCGUCUCUAAAUCGUAGCAACUUGCCACGUACACGUCCGUAGCAUCUUCGUAGCAUGUUGAAACGAUUUUUGGUACGAACCGAAUUUGCUACGAUCGUAUAGCUACGAUUUUGAAAUCGUCGCAUUUCGUAGCAAGCUCUCCAUAUAGCUACGAAAAAUCACUCAUAGCUACGAUUUUUGACCGUUGCUAUUUACGUUUUUUUUACUAGUGUAUGUUGAACUAGAGAUAUAUUUUAGAUAUUAACAACCCAUAACAUUUUGCACCUUAAAGAUACAAUUAU